AUGCAGCACCUUGCUCCCCAAGAACCGUCCGCACAGGAGAAAGACCAGCUCGAGGAAGAGGACGAGGAAGAGGAACCGCCUGCUCGUCCCACCCCCACCCCACGUUAUGGAGGAACUGGAAAACGGCCGCUGAAGAGACCCAUGCCGGUCAAAGCUGAACUAGCACAGCUUAUCAGGACUCGAAGAAAUGACGUACCCCUUCCUCCGCCUCCAAAACCUUUCAACCCGGCUGAAUUGCGAGCAAUUGACAACAAGGCGAGCCUGGCGUUCUCGCUCAAUCUGCCUCAGUUGAGUCGUGACUUUCUGCAAUUGAAAUGGGCCCAUCUCGAGGAUCAUAUACUGCACUGUGCGGCGAUCAACAUGCAGUUUCAGACGGAGUACCACGCAGUUAUUUCGUCGCUGGUCGCCCUGAUCGAGGAUCAAGUACUGCAGAGCAGCGAGAUUUGCCGGACUCUGGAAGACGAAUAUUGCAGGGUUGCGUUCCGCCAGGUGCCAGAUCUGACCAAGGAUGUAUCACAGAUUAUCCGUGAGGUCACUAAGCUACGGCUCAUGGCAAGCACCGUGCUGGUCAUGCACUCGCAGCGUGUUACGCAGGAUUUGCGAAACCAGCUCUACCAGGAGUUUAUUCGGCCUCGAGACAUUGCGCGGCACAGGAUUGAUGGACUUCUUGAUUACUCCACAGGUCUUGGACUCAGGUACCAAAUCUUGAGAGAAAAGCACCAAACCGCCAAGCAAGGCUUGCUCGAAAUCAGACAUGACUGCCGUCUCUUAGGGCCAAAAUUUAAACGAUAUUGCGAUAAAUUCGAAGAUUAUUUGCAGGAGUUCGAUCAUGCGGGGCACUUUUAUCGCCAUGCCUGGUUCGCUCGCCAGAAAAGGCUCGAUCCUCUUAGGGCGGCAGAGCCGUGGACUAUAACCAACUCGCCGGCCGAGUUACCACCUGCGGAUUUUGAGCCAAUUGAAGCCAUGCUAUUCGACGAUAAAAAAUAUCUCCCUGCAAAGCGAAAGCUUGAGAAGCGCCCUCUUUUACACGCAAGUCGUAUUCGGAUGAUGUUCAUGCGUAAAUGGAAACCCGGAAUCUCCGCCCAAUCGCCAGAACUCGACUUGCAUUGGCGGCAGCUCGAUAUCAUGGCACCUUUCUUCCUCCAGUUGAAACAUUAUGAUAUUCUGUAUAACGAGGCUCGUUAUCUUCUGGGUACUUUCACUGGCCAGGUAGGACCAUUAUGGUCUAAUAUCGAACCAGAAAGGCAUGAAAUUCACAAGAGCGCCCUUUUCGGAUUUGUCGCACGAGUUCGAAAAAGUCGAUAUGAUCUAAUCGCGGAGCUUGAGGAAUAUAGAUUUAUCAACUGGGUUCGCAUUGGAUUAGAGAAAGAAUUGCUCGACAACAAUCGGCAGAAUGAGAUCCAAGAGCGUGGUUUGUUUGUGGUGCCGCGUCCACUGAGCGAAAACCUCCCGCUCUUCGAUGACUGGACUCGAAAGCUUACCUCGGCGAUCCAUUCCUCCUGGAUUCCUCGCAGGGCCCUUCAGGUGUACAGGGGUCCUCUUAGCAAUGGCGCUGUCUGGGAAAGGUGGCUGCAGAUUCUCGAAGACGCUGAAAGGCAGCAAGCCCUUGAUAGGCGUGCCGAGACUAUGAAUUUAGGUUUCGUUCCUGUCCAACGCAGGGGAAGAAUUCGCCCCACAGUGCCUGCCAAGAACCAGCAAAAGGCCUCUGCUGCAGAAAAGAAGCCGUGGCCCGUUGAUAUAAAGACAAAUGAAGAUACUGCAGCAGCAAACAAGCCGUUGAAGAAACAGGCAACGCCAGCCAGAGAUCCUAAGGCAGCAAAGAAGCUACGGGAAAUCCGGAAAAUGUCACUCAAAGAUUCCGAAAAUAUGACUAUUGAGCAGCUUGCUUCUCGCGCUGAAAUACGCACUCAUGGUGGCAAGCAAGCAAAGAAACAGGAGCGCAAGUCAGCUCGUGCAAGGCGAGACAGUGAGCGAAAAGAAGUCUCCAAAAGCGUGGACGAAACCGUGAGGCAGCAUCCAGAUUUGAAGAAGAAGCCAGAGAUACCUUCUCCGAAGAGCGAUCAUUCAGCAAAGGCCCCUAGUCGUGUCUCUUCUUUCUUCAACUCUCUUGAUUUCUUUCAACAAAAUUCUUCUAAACGAAAAUGCAGCACUCUCGCGACAACCCUCGGCAGGGCCAAAGACUGCAGCCAGCCUGAGGCUGCAAUUGAGCAGCCAUCCGAUCUCAAUCUUUCGGCCACCGGGACCGUCUCCCCAUUGACAGAGGAUGCAUCUCUACCCAACGGAAUGACACCCACCCGGUUCUGGAACUGUAGUUCACAGCGGGGGCCAAAUGGCCAAAGGCCUAUAGUCCACUACUGCCGGUCCCUCGAAAGCACAGAAGAAGUUGCCCAGCUAUUCCUCAAUAGCAAAGUCAUCGGCUUUGACAUGGAGUGGAAAGCACAAGCAAGUGCUUCCGACACGAUCCAAAACAAUCUCUCCAUGAUCCAAAUCGCAAACGAAGGGCGCAUCGGUCUAUUCCAAAUCGCCCUUUUCAAGCCAGCGCGUACACUAGACGACUUCGUCGCACCUUCGCUGAAGCGUAUCCUCGAGUCGGAAGAUGUCACAAAGGUCGGCGUCUCAAUCAAAGCGGACGCAACGCGUCUUCGCAAAUUCCUCGGCAUAGACACCCGCUCUAUCUUGGAGCUUAGUCAUUUGUUCAAGCUCGUCAAGCAUGGGCACACGGAUCCCAAGUUGGUCAAUAAGCGAAUGGUCAAUCUCAGUGAGCAGAUGGAGGAGCAUUUCGGAUUGCCCCUUGAGAAGAGUGAGGAUGUGCGUUGUGGCGAUUGGGCUCGUCCGUUAAAUUACCGCCAAGUCCAGUUGCUGACAGAUGUUCUGUCUAAAGACGCUGCAACUGACCCCUACGCUUGCAUUUGUCUUUUCAACAUCAUGGAGCAGAAGAGAGUGGCUAUGGAUCCGAUGCCGCCUCGCCCCGCGCAUGCGGAACUCAAUUUGCCUAUUCUUCUGCCUCGAGAGAAAAUAACGAGUGAUGCAGAGAAGGAAGCUAUCGUCGACAAACCAUCUGAUGUCGAUUUAAAUGGCCAUCCUUGA